AAGGCUGCAAGGGAAAUAAAUUUCUACAAGGGUUUUUUUAUAAAAAACUUGGGCGUAAAAGUAAAAUUCAUAAAUUAAUUUUAUCAGUGUUUUAAGUUUAUUUCUUGAGAAAAACUAACGAAAACAGUUGCAUGACGAGGGAUAUAAUUGGAUAAGAUCAAAAUUAUCAACAAAAAAAAUUACAGCAUUUAAGUAAAGGAAAAAGCAUAGAAAAUUACGAAUAUUAGUGACCUCAGAAAAGAAGCGUAAGAAAACAGAAUAGUUGGUUAAAAAUGACUGACACUGAGCAGCAACAAGUAACACAUACGAAUGGCAAUGGUGUUCAGGAAGAAGAAGAGCCAAAACAGCGUCCAGCCGAUAUUGAACAAGAUAUGCGUGAAAUGGAAAGACGUAAACGUGUAGAAGCUAUCAUGUGCUCUCGAUUAUUUCGUGAAGAAUUAGAGCGUAUUGUUGAUGGACAAUUGAAAGAAGGACCAUCAAAUAUACUUGAGCAGAUAUCAAGCAUGAUGGGUGUGCCUACAGCUAAAGUUGGUAGCUAUUUCCGUGGCUCAACAUGUGUUAUUCCCAUAAAUGAUAUUCGCGGUAUUGAAGCUAUGGGCUACGAAAAAGGAGAAAAAAUUUUACGUUGCAAGUUAGCAGCAACAUUCCGUUUAUUGGACGUGUAUGGUCUAGCAGCAAAUGGUAUUCAUAACAUGGUGACAGCUCGUUUGAAUGCAGCCGAAGAACUUUUCUUGGUCAAUCCUUUUGGUCUUCUUUAUCAUGAAGUGACUGCAUCAUCAUUGAAUAAAGCCGAUAUGCAAGGAGCUAUUGUUGAACAAGGAACAACUAAUUAUGGAAUAAAUAAUUCUCAAUUCUCAAUACAUGCAUCUAUCCAUGCAGCUCGACCUGAUAUCCGGUGCAUUAUUGGUGUGCUUCACAGCGCAGUUGUUGCUGUUUCGUCAGUCAAGCAAGGAUUGUUGCCACUUUCUAAAGACUCGGCUGUUUUGGGAGAGAUAGCUAGACACAACGUUUCUGGAGCUUUGAAUGAGCCAGAAGAACGUGAAAAAUUGAUCCGCAGCUUAGGUCCCAAUUCGAAGGUCUUAAUACUCACAAAUCAUGGUGCUCUUUGUUGUGGCGAGACUAUUGAAGAAGCAUUCUACCAUACUCAGCACAUGGUGAAGGCAGCAGAAGCACAAUUAAAUCUUUUGCCCGUUGGCAUUGACAAUUUGAUUCCAAUUUCUGAAGAGACACGCAAAGCAAUUUACGACGAAUCCAGAAAGCCGCCUGAAGGAACUGUUGUUUCACCACCAGCUAAUAUCGACAAUAAGGAAAAGAUUUUGCAUCAGGGUCCAAAAUGGCGAGUCGGCGGUGCAGAGUUUGAGGCAUUAAUGCGUACAUUGGACAAUGCCGGCUAUCGAACUGGAUACAUCUAUCGCAAUCCUCUAGUUAAACACGAGGUUCCCAAGCCGAAGAAUGACAUCGAAGUUCCACCAGCAGUGUCAAGUUUGGGAUAUUUGUUGGAGGAAGAAGAAAUGUAUAAACAAGGUAUUUGGAAGAAGGGUGAUUUCCGUAAAGGUGGAGAUCGUUCAAGAUGGCUCAACUCGCCAAAUGUUUAUCAAAAAGUCGAGGUUCUUGAAACUGGAACAUCAGACCCCAAGAAAAUUACAAAGUGGGUUGAUUCUAAUGCUGACGAGUGGGUAGCUGAAGGCUCGCCGACCCAUUCAACGCCAGUUAAAAUUGACAAUGCCUUACAAUUUGUUCCAUCAAAUACAAAUCCUAGAGAAUUCAAGAGAAUUCAACAGCAGAUCAAGGAGAAUCGACGUGCAGACAAGAUUUCUGCUGGACCACAAUCGCACAUUUUGGAAGGUGUUACAUGGGAUGAAGCUAAUCGCUUGAAGGAUGCAAAUGUUUCCAAGACAGGAGACCAUGUUGUAUUGAUGGGUGCUGCAUCAAAGGGAAUUAUUCAACGCGGGUAUCAACAUAAUGCUACAGUUUAUAAGGCACCUUAUGCUAAGAAUCCAUUCGAUUCAGUCACUGAUGAUGAGUUGAAAGAAUAUAAGCGUACUGUUGAAAGAAAACGAGCUGGAGAUUACACAGACACUGAUUUCUCAGAAUCAGAAGCAUUCAGUUCACUUCAAAUUUCUGGACAAGUCAAGAGUCCGCCAAUGAGCCCGCCCGUCCAAUCGGAAUCAGAACACGUUGUAAUGAGAAUAGAAACGAAGCAAGCUCCAAUUCCCAGUCAACCAGAAGUAGUUCUCAGUGAUGCUGUGAGUUGUAGAAGCACAUUCGUUUCCAUCAAAUAGGAAACUGUCUGUAUAUAAAAAUGCAAAAACUCUAUAAAGUAAUUUUAUUUUGUUCCUAUCCAAAAAUUUGUCUUCGUGGUGAGUUUGACAUUUUUUUAAGCUCUAAAAACAAAAUUAUGACAAAAAAUAUAUUGCAUCAUUAAAGACAGAAAAAAAUGCAUGAAACGAAAUUCCAGUCAGUUCCGAAUUAAUACAUAUUUUUGAUUAGUUUUAGCUAUGUAGCUCUCCUGUUUAUUAGUUAAAAUUUUGUUUUCUGUUUUUGUUUGUACUUUUUUUGUGUAGCAAAUGAUGAUUUUAUUAAUAUGGAACGAAAUGCAAGUGCCCCAAUGAAAGGCGAAAAUGUUCAAAACGGAGAUCAUUCAGAAACACAAAAUUUGAGUACAUUUUCACAUAGUAGUAAAGAACAGGAUAUUUCAACAGAUGGAUCACCGAAAAAAGACAAAAAGAAGAAGCGUGGAUUGAGAACCCCAUCAUUUUUAAAGAAAAAGAAAGAAAAGAAGAAGAUUGAAGCUUAAGUUCCUUAAAAUUCAAUUCACACACACACACACCGAGAGACAAACAAUUCGUAAAUAUUUAGAGCCGCAGCUUCCCAAUUUAUAUCAAACAAGCAAAGUUCUUAUCAAAAAAAGCUCCUCAAAUCAUCCUUCAGAAAAAGUCUUUUUUUUUAUAAUAAACAACAACAACAACCACACUUAUUAUGUCAGUCAGCGCAUCAUCAAAUGGAUGAAGUCAUUUUCUAAGAAUCAAAUUCUACAAACACACCCACACAUACAUAUAUUAUAUAUAUUUCCUUUAUUUUCUCUCUCAUGCAACAGAAGAAGAAAGAAAUUUAAACAUUUAUCGCCCAGCUAUACUUAGUUUUAAGUGUCACGCUUUCAAAUAUCGACAUUUUUUUCUGUAAUUCAUUCUAUGAAAUGAGGAGGAAAAACAAAAAACUUUUCAUUUUAGUAAUUUUUAACGAUUUUAUUUCCUACAAAACGAUAUGUUCUUUUUUGAGAGAAACGAUGUGAAACUUAACGUACAGAUAUAGGCAUGACAUUUGGAAGAAGCAAUGUUGGAUCAUGUCUUUACAUAGCGGAAGAAAUAAUCUGCAAAAAAGAAAAUUUUUACUCAAUUUAACGAUUUUGUGCGUAAGAUUAAAGCAAAGAUAAAAAGUUGUUAAUGGACCAUCUAGUUAAGUUGUCAAACAAAAAAAAUUAAAAAAGAGAGUAUAAGGCAAUCGAUUUUAAUUUAUAUAUUGUAUAUCUAAUUGUAUUACAUUUAAAGUGCUCCAAUCUGUUAGUAGCCAAAUGAAAUGAUAGAGACAAACAAAUCAAGUUUAGAUACAAACUGCCAUCAUCAUCAUUAUUCAUAUUCUUACGUUUAAAUGACUAACAUUUUUUUUAGAUAAAAACCACCUCAAAAUAAAUGAAAAAAAAAAUAUAGCGAGAAGAUAAACAAAGGGUUUAAGAAAAGUUAUGAAUUACAGUCUAAUAUAUUGAGGAUGAUAAUUAUGAGAAACAAAAAGCAAAAUAAUGGAGAUAUUAAACAUUUGCAAUAUUCUUUCCA